GCCGUUGGCGCGAAGGUGCACGGCUCGGGCCACACGCAGGGGCGGCAGGAAACAAUAGAGGCCGCGCGCGCGGAGCGAGCGCCCUCGAGCCCUCCCCAUCCCCCACCCCUUCACCCUCACCCCCCCCUUACGGUGCCGCGACCCCAGGAGCCCCCGGUCCCUCUGCCCGUCAUUCAGUCCGUCAACUUCUUCGCCCGCCAUGGCCGACAAGGAAGCAGCCUUUGACGAUGCUGUAGAAGAACGAGUGAUCAACGAAGAGUAUAAAAUAUGGAAAAAAAAUACCCCUUUUCUCUAUGAUUUAGUGAUGACCCAUGCCCUAGAGUGGCCUAGCCUGACUGCACAGUGGCUUCCAGAUGUAACCAGACCUGAAGGGAAAGAUUUCAGCAUUCAUCGACUUGUUCUGGGCACACAUACAUCAGAUGAACAGAAUCAUCUUGUGAUAGCCAGUGUGCAACUUCCCAAUGAUGACGCUCAGUUUGAUGCCUCUCACUAUGACAGUGAGAAAGGAGAAUUUGGGGGCUUUGGCUCAGUAAGUGGGAAAAUUGAAAUUGAAAUCAAAAUUAACCAUGAAGGCGAAGUAAACAGGGCUCGUUAUAUGCCCCAGAAUCCUUGCAUCAUUGCAACAAAGACUCCAUCCAGUGAUGUCCUUGUGUUUGACUACACCAAGCAUCCUUCAAAACCAGACCCUUCUGGGGAGUGUAACCCAGACUUGCGUCUCCGUGGACAUCAAAAGGAGGGGUAUGGGCUGUCAUGGAACCCAAAUCUCAGUGGACACUUGCUUAGUGCAUCAGAUGAUCAUACCAUCUGCUUGUGGGACAUCAGUGCAGUUCCAAAGGAAGGCAAAGUAGUGGAUGCAAAGACCAUAUUCACAGGACACACAGCAGUAGUGGAAGAUGUUUCUUGGCACUUGCUCCAUGAAUCUCUCUUUGGAUCAGUUGCUGAUGAUCAGAAGCUUAUGAUCUGGGAUACACGGUCAAAUAAUACUUCUAAACCAAGCCACUCAGUGGAUGCCCACACUGCCGAAGUAAAUUGUCUCUCUUUUAAUCCUUAUAGUGAAUUCAUUCUUGCCACAGGAUCAGCUGAUAAGACAGUUGCAUUGUGGGACCUUAGAAAUCUGAAACUGAAGUUGCAUUCCUUUGAAUCACAUAAGGAUGAAAUAUUCCAGGUUCAGUGGUCUCCCCACAAUGAAACUAUCUUGGCUUCCAGUGGCACUGACCGCAGGCUAAAUGUCUGGGAUUUGAGUAAAAUUGGAGAAGAGCAGUCCCCUGAAGAUGCAGAAGAUGGGCCACCAGAAUUAUUGUUUAUUCAUGGUGGUCACACUGCCAAGAUAUCUGAUUUCUCCUGGAACCCCAAUGAACCUUGGGUUAUUUGUUCUGUAUCAGAAGACAAUAUCAUGCAAGUCUGGCAGAUGGCUGAGAACAUAUACAAUGAUGAAGACCCUGAAGGAAGUGUGGAUCCAGAGGGACAGGGGUCCUAGACAUGUCUGCACUGGUGCUGAUUUUUAGACUCCCCUUUCUUCCCAACCUGAGAUUAAUUUAACACUGGUUUUGAGACAAGACCUUUUUUUGUCCAGACAUUCUUCUAUAGGCACCUGUCAACCCAGAAAGUGAAUGAUUUCUAACUCUUAACUGGGGGGGGAGGAGGGCUUGACUCAGCAGAGCCACAGACCCAUAUUUAAUUUUUUUCCAAGAACUUUUUAUGAGUAAAUCCAGCUGUAAAAUCUGAUUUAGCCACAGCAAUUGGACCAUGAGUGUUUUAUUUUUCUUCAUCUGCUAUAACAGCAAGUUUUUCAGGCUAAUUUAAGUAAAAUUAGAAUGGGGUAGGAUUUAUAUCCAGGUGAGGAGUCUGACCCACUGAGGUAUUAGCAUUGUAAAGAUGUCUAAACUGUUUCCCUCGUUUAUAAAGAUUCAGAGACUAAAAUUGGCAUGGCUAACCUUAUAGGGUCCAGAUAAUCCCUGUUGUAGACUGGCCUACCCCUGCAGAUUUCCUCUGUAACCAGUCAAAAUUUCUUAUUAAAAUGUUUUAUUUAAUUUUUUUUUUCUUCCCUAGUGACUGUUAACUCUCUCCUUCUACUUCUCAUCGGGUGGGGGACAAACAGCCAUGUGAAAUGUUGUAGCUAUACCUACAGAAAUAUCUUUGUUCACCUCAUAUAGUUUUGCUCUCUAGUAUAUUUCUUGAGCUAUGUUUUCAUAUUAUUUCUUUCCUGUGAAUUUUUUUUUUUUUAAACUUGGGACCACCAGGUUAUAAAGGUGUAUGUUUUUACCUGACAGAUGUACUGCUGGUAAACUGCCCAGUAAUCUGAAAACAGAGCAAUUAGUAGCUGAAAUAUACUUUAAAAUUAAUUCUGGAUGGCUUUUCUUCCUUUUUUCCUUUCUUAUUAAAAAAAAAAAAAGUUUUUUCCAAUAUACCCCACAUAAACGGAAUUAGUCCUUGACCACUCGUUUUAUACGAUGUCCUUUGGGGUAACUUGUCCAACCAGCAAUCUGUUACUGUCUAUGACUAACUGUAAGUGCUUAUGAUGGAAUAAAUUGUUUUUCUAUAUAACAA